GGUUAUAUUACGGUACUUCAAACGGACAUGAGAAUGGUCCAACAUGUUACGUUGUGGAAGCAGGCUUCGCAAGUUAAUGGUUUGUUCCAGCUAUUUCAUAGUUUGAAAAAAGACUGCAUUUUGAAUCAACUUAAACAAAAUUUGCUAUCACUGCCAAACUGCACAUUUACAAACAUCAGAAAUGUACAUAGACAGUCAAAGAUUCCUCAGGGUCUGGUAUAUUUAUCAACAUCAAAUGACGUUUUUUCAAAUCUAGCAUUUGAAGACUGGGUACAUGAUAAUUUGUGCCUUACACACACAAAUAUUCUGUUUCUAUGGAGAAAUAAACCAGCUGUUGUGAUUGGUCGACACCAGAAUCCAUGGAGUGAGUGUAAUAUUCAAAAAUUAGUUGACAACGAUAUACAAUUGGCAAGGCGACGGAGUGGUGGAGGCACUGUAUAUCAUGACCUUGGAAACUUAAAUUGUACGUUCUUUACUGAAAGAAAUCAAUAUAAUCGUCGACAUAACUUGGAGCUGAUGGUGGCGGCGCUUAGAGCAAAAUGGCCGAGCAUCCAGGUUUCAAUUUCUAAUCGAGAUGAUUUGCUGCUUGAUAACUUUUACAAAAUAUCCUUCAUUUGGUUAUGUGCUAAGAGAAUAUAUGCUUUAAAAUGA